AUGCGCCAAUUUGCCAGUGCCUUUGGGAAUUCCUCUUUUGUGGCGAUUCGUAUGCCUACACGCACAGUCUCUGACUGCCCUUUUAUCGGUCUCCCACCUGUUCGUCUGGUCGGCUGUUUCUUGCACAACAAUUCCAAUCGCCUGUCCAAGCACAUUAAGUGGUCCAGUCGUGACGUAGUUGUGAAUAUCGAUGUGAAACGCUUUCUACCAUUUGAUGAUUACUCUUCUGUGCUGGAUAACAUCCUCCAUACAGAUAAAUCUUGCUCUCACCUCUCAGUGCGAACCAUAAAGGAAGUUAAGACGAUAGUCGCCUCCUCCUUCUCCUCCUCCUCCUCCUCCUCUGCCUUCACAGUGCUGCCCAAUUUAAGAUCGCCGCACUAUUUAGAGUUGGCUUGCUCCUUUGCCAACCCUCCUGGGAAGAAAAGCAUUGACGACUCCAUUCAUCUCCUGGGAGGGGGAUUGGUGGCGUUUGCCAAGUGA